AAACGGGGCGCCGUAUAUAGGCAGAGCGAUCGAUGUCGCACGCCGUCCCUUUGCCACCAUCAUCUUUCACUAUGACUGACGCUAGCCCGCCUCCUGCCAAGAUUCCUCGCACCAAGUCUCCUUCUCCGCCCAUCACGGAUGCAGCGAGCGCACCUGCUGCUACUGUGUCCGCUGCUCAGCAGUUUAGCGACGAGGUGUGGGAAGAGAUAUUGUCGCACUGCUCAGUCUUCGAUCUGUUCUGUCUUCGAGACACCCAGCGCCUCUUCCGGACGAUAAUCGACUGGGACAUGAUUCUUCAAGCCUUCACAGAUGCCAGAUUAUUCCUCGUCUGGCCUUAUAACGAGCAAGCAUGGGCGCGUCUUUGCACUAACGGAUGCGAUCCUCUCUGCUAUAUGAAGAUGCUCUGCGUGGGGCCGUGCUCGAUUUGUGGCACAUGGUCAGCGCUACCUCCAGUCGCGAACGACCUGCGGAUCCGCUUCUGUGGCAGUGAGGCCUGCUCGUCCUACAUGUUCUCAGAGUACAUGACGAGCGGCUGGUCAGCAAGUCGUCGGCGUGGAAGGCAUACCUAUGACGUCCGGCAAGACGCUGCAUGCGAGCUGCCGUCGAUAGCCGAAUGUUGGCAGCCUCACAUGCUGAUGGACAUCAAGCGCUACAAUUCCUUGGACCACGACCUGGCGCAUGACAUCCGUGGCAGCACUAACUGCAGAACUCUUCAUAAGACCCGUCUGACGGCCAAACGGGAAUUGGAAGGCAUCGGGUGGAAAGGCGGCUUUUACGGUGACAUCCUCAGGGACAGCACAGAUAGGGAAGGAGCCAAGCGCCUUGAGAGCAUAUACCACAGACGCUGUGCCCGUAUGGAGAUUACAGAAGGUCUCUACUGUGAUCUCGUUUCCUGGAGAUUGGGAAAGGAGCAUGAAGAUCCGCAGAUUCGCCAGAAGAAUUACGAGAUUAUCCGCAAACGUGCCGAGGCUCUGAACCAGCCUUUUGACCACUAUCACCCCUUCAUCGAGCGGGUUGUGGAGGCGCAUGCGCGCGACGUAUCCGAAAUUCACCUUGCCGCAGCGGAGCGCCUAUUUCCUCUUCCUGCUCAACCUAAGGGGCCGUGGCACCCGGACUUCGACCAUCCGUAUACGCGGAAUGGUGGAACGCGUAUUCCCUGGCCCCGCAGCUUUGUGCCGUUUAUGUACAGACAUCUGCCUGAUCCGGAGCUCACUCGCGAGGAUCUUGAUGAUUACAGAGUUGGCGGUCCUAAAUUCACGCCCGCCCUCGAUCCUGCACCCGCCCCCGACCCUGCACCCGCCCCCGACCCUGGAUCCCCCAGCUCCAAGGUUAUCGUCACUACUUCUAGGAGCGACGGCAACACUGAUUCGGAUCGCACGCCUGACGACAAUCACGCGAUGAGCGGGAGUGUACGCAAGUGCGCACCCAGUCGCUCUACUAAGCCACGUACUAAGGCUCGCCGUACGAAAAAGGCGAAGUCGGACUUCAAGCUGUGGUACGACUGCACCCACUGUGGGUCUGAGACGCAAAAGUUUGGAUCCCAAGCCGAGGUGGAUGAGCAUGUUGCAAAGGAGCAUCCGUCUGCGUCAGCGCCUUCGAAUUCUUGAUGAUCGGUCCAACCUCUACGCCGAACGCUCGUAGUAUCAACUUCAGUCUAGACAAGUAGUAGUGUUUUCAGUGUUAUAUCGCAUCUUUCGAAAUUCAAUUGCAUCAAAG